UACAUACUACAAAAUUUGAGCAAAAACUACUAGAUCCGCCUCCGGAGUUAUAAAUAAACUUCCUUCAAACAAAACUACUACUACUACAAAUAACCUCUUGAGUAGAAGAGAAAUUCCAAGAUAGUAAAGAUGGAAGUAGAAAGAAAACAAAGUGUAAUACUGGUGCCAUGCCCAUACCAAGGGCAUUUAACACCAAUGCUACAGCUUGGUAAUAUCCUUCAUUCACAAGGCUUUUCUGUUAUAGUUGCACAUACUCGACACAAUGCUCCUAAUUAUACCAAUCAUCCUCAAUUCGUCUUCCAUUCUAUGGAUGACGGAUUACAGAGAAUCGACAUGUCAUUCCCUAGUGUGGAAACUUUAUAUAGUAUGAACGAAAACUGCAAGGUACACUUGAGAAAUUACCUCGCUGCGAUGAUGGAAGAGGAAGGUAAUGAGCUCGCUUGUAUCAUUUAUGACAGUGUCAUGUUCUUCGUCGAUGAUGUAGCUACUCAGCUAAGGGUUCCUACCGUUGUCUUGUACACUUUCAGUGCUGCAUUUUUGCACUCUAUAAUCAUGAUUUUACAGCAACCAGAAAAAUAUUUUCCUUUUGAAGAUUCUCAGUUGAUGGAUCCGUUACCAGAGCUUCAUCCCCUCAGAUAUAAGGAUUUACCAUUUUAUGUCGUCAAUAAUAAAAUUCCAGAAUGGGAUCUAGAGUUUCAUAGAGCAACGUGUGAUAUAGGAUCAUCUGUCGCGGCUAUUUGGAACACGAUGCAAGACUUGGAGGAUUCAACAUUGUUACGCCUUCAAGAACAUUACAAGAUGCCCUUUUUUCCAAUAGGACCUUUUCACAAAAUGGGGCCUUUGGACUCAUUGAGUAGCAUAUUUGAAGAAGACAACAGCUGCCUCGAGUGGCUCGAUAAACAAGCCCCUAACUCUGUUCUCUAUGUAAGCUUGGGUAGCCUGGCGAUGAUUAAUGACAAAGAGCUAAUCGAGACUGCUUGGGGAUUAGCUAAUAGUGAACAACCGUUCUUGUGGGUUAUUCGACCUGGAUCUAUAUCUGGAUUUCAAUAUGCUGAGGCACUUCCUGAUGGUUAUGAAGAAAUGGUAGGAGAAAGAGGACGGAUAGUGAAAUGGGCGCCACAAAAACAGGUGCUUGCACAUCCCGCGGUAGGAGGGUUUUACACACAUUGUGGUUGGAAUUCUACGGUUGAAAGUAUUUGUGAACAAGUCCCUAUGAUAUGCAGGCCAUUUAUAGCAGACCAACUGGUGAACGCGAGAUAUCUGAGCCAAAUAUAUAAGGUUGGAUUUGAAAUAGAGGUAAUCGAGAGAACGGUCAUAGAGAAAACAAUAAGAAAACUCAUGUUAAGUGAAGAAGGGGAAAAUGUGAAGAAAAGAGUAGUAGACAUGAAACAAAACAUUGUUGCUGCUAUGGAGAUUGAUGGUACUUCACAUAAGAAUCUCAAAGAUUUAGUAGACUUCAUUUCUGCCUUGCCAUCACGACUCCCUCCGCCAACGCCUGUUGUUGUAGGGUCCUGAAGUUAAGAACAAUUACAUAUAUUUGUUGCCUGCUAGCUUGGCAAGACAACAAGUUCUCUAAUCACAAAAGGAAGAAUAAACUUUUCCUAAUAUCUUGGUGGCUAUGUCAAUGCCAUUGGGCCUAUGCUAGUUUCUCAUCUUAGUUUGUUGAUUUUGGUUUAAUAAGUUUGGAAACUUUGACAUAUUGUUUCCUUUUACUACAUUUAUGAUAAAUUGUUUUUAAUUGCUUC